AUGUGCCUCGAGGGCUCCACGAGCGCAACGCCAUUGCACGCGCAUCGACCUUCUGCCUCGGGCGGCGGUGCAAUCGGCGUCCCCCAGGGGGGGAGGUCCCUCUGGGAAGAGGAGGAAGAGGAGGAGAAGGAGGAGGAGGAGGAAGGUAAUAAGCAAGGGAUGCGUCGAUGCCUCUACGGAGCAGUUCUCUUGUGGGGAGCACCUGCUCCUGGCAUGCGGAAGGUGAAACAGCUAGGACCAACAUUACCUCAAGCUUCAAAUCCCAGGUCGCCUCCUCCAGGACGCACCAAACUGGGAUGGUUGCGGGGAUGCAUGCACUGA